AUGAGCCUACUCUUGCUGACAUGGCUCCUGCUGGGCUCUCGCCUGGGCGCUUAUCUGGGCUCCGGCUUAUCCCUGCCUCCGCCCUUCGACACCCUCAGCGCCGAGGAUCUGCGACGCGCCGCCGCAGACUUGCUUUUGGGACGUCUCAACUGCUCGGCCACCGGCCAGGAAGCCCUAACGCUGCAGGCCCUGCGGCGCUUCGGUGCAAUUCCCAACUCCUGCUGGGCCGCCGGCCUGAGUCGAGCGCUCUGCUGCGCUGUGCCCGACAUGAGCCCUUGCUUCGCCGAAGAGGAAGGCACGUCCUCGCAAAAAUGCUGCGAGGAGGUAGACGUUUGUCUGCUUGCCUUCGAGGCGGUUCUGGAGCAGGCGACCUUUGCCAGCUGCGAGGACUUCCUGCACUGUGCAGCACCCAUCUUCGGGCCUUGCGUCCUCUGGUCCCUAGAGGCCGACCGGCAUUUCGAAGAGCGCUUCGCGCCGCGACUUUUGCAAAGCCCAAAGGUCCGCUGCUUCGCCAUUCAGCUGGCGGCCCCUCCAAAGGCCGAAGGGCCGCCAGUGCUCGGUCUGGACGUCUGGCUGUUGGGCAUUUGUCUCCCGGCAGUCUGCGAUGAACCAUCGUUGCGUACAUCGGCAGCGGACCUGUUUCAGUCUGUGCCGCUGUCAACCAUAACGGGCAUGAGAGUGCAUCACAUCGACCACCUCUCCAGCCUCCACAUCGAGGAGCUACUGCAUUGGAGCGAACUGGAGAUGGACUUCGGCAUCGUUGGCCCACCCAAUGCCGGCACUUCGUCGCUACACCGGAGCCUCGCAGCACUCGGGGCACACUUCCUGGGUGGCCUCGACGAGAUGCCUUUGCCGGUCUCCUGGCUGCGAAGCGAGGAGUCAUGGCAAUGGCGCUGCACAGCACCGCUCCUACCUCCUGCAAAGUGGGCAAAGGGCCUUGGGUUGCUGCGGCGGCGGGAGGUUGCGAAAGUUGGACGGCAAGGGCUGGUGGGUUUCCGGAACCCAAAGAUCAUCUACAGCGCCGCGUGUUUGAACAACCUCCUCUUUGUUCCAGGCCUACGAAUCAUUGCCAUGUGGCGUGAUCCCGUGGAUUGGCUCUGGAGUUCCCUCAGCAGGGCCUUUGAAGGCUUCGAAGAGUCGGACCAGGAGAUACGACGAGCAUGGAGCUCAUUCGCCAUCUCCACCAAGGCUCCGACGAAGACACAGCAUCUGCAGGAGCAAGGAGGGGGCCUCCCAGAGCUCAGCACCUGGCGCCUGGGUGUCCCCUUGAGCCUCAGAGCGGCAGCGCCGAGCCCGGCGCUUUGGAAGCUCAAGGCAGCCGUCGGACAGGAGCGGCUCCUUGUCCUUCCCUUCGAUCGCCUCAUUGCCUCAGCGUCAGCCUGCUUCGAUGAGCUGCUGCCCUUCCUCGGCCUGCCUGCAUCUGGCAGUAUGGAGCUCCUUCCAGCCAACGUGCGCCGACGGCGGAGCCGCAUGGACUUGAGGGAAGAUGCCUUGAGCAACGGCACAGCAGAGCUCCAGGAGUUCUUCAGAUCGGAGCGAGAAUCUGCCGCUGGGCUGCUGGCAUGCGCCUUGUGA